AUGACGAAUACAAAGGAAGAUCUCAUCGUCAAGGCGUUGCAGCAAUACACAACCUGCGAUGUCUCAGACGCCCUCGUCAAGCUCAAGUACCGCAACGGCGGUUUCCUCUCCGGCCUAAGCAUGUGGUCUCCCCACCGUCAAGAAGGUGCAACCAAGAUCGUCGGUCCCGCCUACACAGUCCAAUAUGUUCCCUUGAGUGACCCAAGGCCGAAGCAUCCUACUCACUAUAUCGACGACGUCCCCAAAGGAUCCGUCAUCUUCGUCUCCGCCCCCGCCAAGACUCCCAACGCCAUCUACGGCGGCCUCAUGUCAACGCGCGCCAAGGCGCUCGGGGCCGUCGGCUCCGUGAUCGACGGCCGCUUCCGCGACCUCCAGGAGCAGCGAGACCUAGAAUAUCCCGUUUUCGCUCGGGACGUGGGCACCGCGCCGCCCGCGGAACUGCUAAAGGUGGCAGCCGUCAACGUGCCGGUGAAGCUCCAGACGGACGAGCAGGACAUGACCAUCAACCCCGGCGACUACAUCAUUGCGGACAUCAACGGCGUCGUGGUGCUCCCCAAGGACCUGGCGGAGCAGGCGCUGCCGCUCAUGGCGAAGCAGGUGGAGGCGGACACCAAGAUGCAGGUUGCGCUGGAGGGGGGGAUGGGGGUUUGCGGAGGCUAG